AUGAACACAACCACCCACUGGUCAGCUCCAGUUGUAUGGCAUGGCACUUAUGAAGAAAAAGUAUUGGAAAAGUAUUACACAAAUCAUAAAAUUACUGUGGGGCUGACUGUGUUUGCUGUGGGAAGAUACAUUGAAACCUAUUUGCUCAACUUUAUAUUAUCUGCUGAUAAGUAUUUUAUGGUUGGCCAGAGAGUCAUAAUUUAUGUCCUUACAGACAACUUCUCCAAGGUGCCUUGGAUAGAGCUGAAUCCCCUCCAUACAAUCAAAGUUUUUGAAAUUAAGCGCGAGAAGAGAUGGCAAGAUGUUAGUAUGAUGCGAAUGAAGACCAUCAGCGAACAUGUUGUAGAUCACAUCCAAUAUGAAGUCGACUUCCUCUUCUGCAUGGACGUGGAUCAAGUCUUCAUGAAGAAAUAUGGGUUGGAGACCCUGGGGGAGUCAGUGGCUCAGUUACAUUGUUACUGGUACAAGGCACAUCCUAUAGAGGUACCUUACGAGAGAAAUCGGUUAUCAGAAGCAUAUAUACCUAUGGGUCAGGGAGACUUUUAUUACCAUGCUGCUACAUUUGGUGGUACUCCCGUUCAGGUUCUCAACAUUGCCAGGGAGUGCUUCAAAGGAAUCAUGACUGAUAAGAAAAAUAACAUUGAAGCGGUGUGGCAUGAUGAAAGUCACUUAAACAAGUAUUUCUUUCUCCAUAAACCCACUAAACUCUUAUCUCCAGAAUACAGCUGGGAUGGUCGUGUAGAACGUACUGGUGAAAUUAGAGCCAUCAAAAUAAUUUGGGCUCCUAAGAAUUAUAAAGUUGUUAGAGCAACAUGUAAUGAAUAA